AUCUACUACUUCUUCCUUCACUCUUUUGUUCUUUUAAAAAUUGCUGACUGCUUCCCGUUUCGAAACAUACGUCGCUGUCUCACUCGACACUUUGGUUGACACUUCGGUUGACAGCGGAGGAAGCGCCAGGCACAGCACGGAUCUUCCAUCCCGCAUUGGACUUAACAAGCCUUAGGCGGUACCUGACCUAAAACAAGACACAGUCCUGCGCUCCACCAUCAUCUUCAAUUGACCAUCGAAAUCUCUCAAACGAGCUAAAUACGACUCUGAUCCUACAGAUCCGUCAUCUGCCAGCCGCCUCACCUCCUCCGCCUCAAGGUCUCUUUUCCCAACACGACAAUCACAAAGUCCUCCAAAAAUAACCUGCUGAACGUAUUUCUCCUACUGUGCUGUCUCUCCGUCGAUUCUACCCUUCGAAUCUCUCUGGGCCUACUCCGGAAACGAAACUGCAACUCCAGACCCCAAAGUAUCCACGUCAGAAGUGAGAAGCCUGGGUUGAGGAAAUCCAGAAGAGUCUGGGGAACAAGAGCCGUACAGAGACUGUCCCCCUUCUGGAAUCUCCAACUCUGCGGCGCCAUGAGGAAACCGUCCAUACCAGACCUGAUAUACCAGAGAACGUUCCCCAAACCUAAGCAAGGGGAUCCAGGCUCUUUCUAUGCACACAUCCACAGACACAUUGUCUCUGAAAUAAGAAUUGAAGUGCAAACAUACUUUGGGACCAUCGACACACUAGAAGCACAGUAUCCGGGCCUGGACUAUACCUACCCUGCACAUCGUCAUCGACUGUCGAGACACGCCUGGCAUAGACGGCUUUUCCGUGUAUUCGAUGAGCUUGGUUUGACAAAUGACGAGAUUUUGAGCCUGUGUCAAUGGGAAGGCACCAGAGCAGCCAAGGAGAGAUACGAACGUGAAGCACAAACCGAAGUUAAGACAACAAUAGGAGCAGAUAUCCCUGCAGCACCACGAGGAGAUGGUCCACGUGCGCUAUGGGAGGACUGGACUAGUCACCGUCUUGAACAGCGAACCUCAGACAGUGAUGCCGGUGUCGAAGUGGAGGAGAAAGAACUUGAACAGCAAACCUUAGACAGUCAGUCCGGCGUCGAAUUCGAAGAGAAAGAAGAAGACAAGCACGAUGCACAGUCUCAGCUGAGCGAAGGGGAGUCACCAGGUCCAGACACCUACGGUAUCGAUCCCGACUUUUUCCGACACACCGUGCGAUCAAGACUGCAGGCAGUGUUUGGUGGAAACGCUCUGCUCAAUCAAGCACGGGAACAGCGUAUGUUAGAUUCGUACGAGGCAGAUGGGCAAAUGCGCUCCAUUUUCACUUCACUUCGGAAUAUCCCUGAUGGCCAUGCUUGACAGUCGCAAACAGUCUUGCAUCAGCUCCCUCAGAGGCUGCACAUGGGGGACAAGGUCAUAGCCACGACGAAUUGCAUACCAUGGUGGACGAGCUACACAGCGACGACGCACGAUUGGCGGCCGGACAGAAGCGGCAAGAAAGGAUUAUCUUCGACCCAGAUAUGGUUUUCGAGCUCUGCUCGUAUAUGCCUGUGUAGCAGGGAAUGUUGGUUUGUCAUGUUACCAAAAGUAUGAUUUGUUUUGUUCAUGAAGGCCUGACGAGGUUAAUGCUUGUGCAUUUUUUGAGCGAGGCGUAUGGUUAUUCAAAGCUGGCAGGCUUCAGAGAGCUGCAGCAAGGCAGUGAGGAAAUUGUGAGUUUGGAUGCAUUUGGGACGUGCAAGGGUUGGAACGGCAGGCACGCUCUCUUGACGAUUGAGCAGCAUGGGCCGAAUUGCUUUCCACUGGAUCCAUUCGUACGAAAGCAAAAGCUAGACGAGAUCAAAAACAUGGGUAUCUAUUAUCAACUGACAGAAUGUUCUUUCACUUGUCCCGCAUCCAAAGCUAAUGGCAGGGCGUAGUGGUACGAGUAUCUGUUGCUAAGGUAAGGGAGCGCUGUUGAACUUUGU